GUUAAAAACAAGAAAAAGGGAAAGAAGGCAGGACCUCCUGGGCCCAAUGGCCCUCCGGGACCUCCAGGACCUCCAGGACCCCAGGGACCCCCAGGGAUUCCAGGAAUUCCUGGAAUUCCAGGAACAACUGUGAUGGGACCACCUGGCCCUCCAGGUCCACCUGGUCCUCAGGGACCCCCUGGCCUACAGGGACCUUCCGGUGCUGCUGAUAAAGCUGGACCUCGAGAAAACCAGCCAGCUGUGGUGCAUCUGCAGGGCCAAGGGUCAGCAAUUCAAGUCAAGAAUGAUCUUUCAGGUGGAGUGCUCAAUGACUGGUCUCGCAUCACCAUGAACCCCAAGGUGUUUAAGCUACAUCCCCGCAGCGGGGAGCUGGAGGUACUGGUGGACGGCACCUACUUCAUCUAUAGUCAGGUAGAAGUCUGCCCAUCCACUCCCGCCCCUGUUGUUUGCCUCCACUGGGUUGGCUCCUCAGAGCUAGAGGUCUAUUACAUCAACUUCACCGACUUUGCCAGCUACGAGGUGGUGGUGGACGAGAAGCCCUUCCUGCAGUGUACCCGCAGCAUCGAGACGGGCAAGACCAACUACAACACGUGCUACACCGCGGGGGUCUGCCUGCUCAAAGCCCGGCAGAAGAUUGCCGUGAAGAUGGUGCAUGCCGACAUCUCUAUCAAUAUGAGCAAGCACACCACCUUCUUUGGGGCCAUCAGGCUGGGCGAGGCCCCUGCGUCCUAGAUUCCCUCCCCCUGCCCCUUUUCUGUCCCUGCCCGCGCCCCUGCCCCAGGGUUGGGAGCCGGGACUCCCAGAACCUCUCAGUGCUGCUGUGGAGUGAGGUGCUAUGGGUGUCGCAGCCACAGAGAUCAAUAUCACGGGGCUAUUUAUUCAUCAGGAUGAUGAGGCCCGCUUGGCUUUCCAGAAUGACCUUGAGUUCACAGGAUGUUUGAUGGAGCCCCAGAGUUUGCAGGAAGGAGGACCUUCUUCCUUGGUUCCGUGUGUCAACUGGCUUAUGGCUCAACGCUUCAACCUCAAGGUCCCUGUUGUCAGAGUGAUUGUUUCUUGCACUAACAUGGGGUUUCCGGGGCAGCAGGCAAGAGAAAGCAAAGGUGGACUCCAGACCGUGGGGGCAAGCCUCUCACCCUUAGGGGCUGCCGUUCCUCUCUUGGGUAGAG